UACCAUUAUAAUUAGUACUCUCUUAAGAUUCAAAAAUUAAAUUAAAUUAAAUUAAAUAAUAAGAUAUGAAUAGCAUUUCUUGCUAUUCUUGGUUCUUGAUUUUCACACUCAUUUUCCAUUCUUGUUCUUCCGAUAAUGUUAAGAUUGAACCACCGAAAAGAGAAGCUUUAGAGAUUAUCAUCGGUGGCGGAGGCGGCUACACUCCUCCAGCUCCUCCUCCUGAAGAUGUCGACGGGGCUCCUUCACCGGUGUGUCCACCACCGCUUCCACCUCCACCUAUGUGUCCUCCUCCUCCUCCGCCACCUCGGCCGCGAAAACCGCAGCUUCCUCCAAAUAUUAUAAGAGAUUACAAAACAAUUCAGAAAUUCAAGAAAACUAUUACUGACGAUCCUUUUUGUAUAACAGAUUCAUGGAAAGAAGGUGUAUACAAUGUCUGUGCAACUUACAAGGGCUUUGCUUGUGAAGCACGGCCUGACAAUGGAGUUCUUUCAUUAGCAGCCGCAAAUUUUAACGGCUACAAUUUUAACGGUCCAAAUUUGCAGGUCAAUUCUUUUCUUGAUCAGUUACCUGAUUUAUCAAUCUUCCAUGCAAACUCAAAUUAUUUCACCGGCGGUGUUCCACAACGUAUAAAUACCAAGAACAUCAAUUUCUUAUACGAGCUUGAUCUCAGUAACAACAAAUUUUCCGGCGGGUUUCCGAUGCCAGUUCUUCAAGCAAAGAAUUUAACAUUCUUAGACCUUAGAUUCAACACUUUUUACGGUUCACUUCCGAACCAAGUGUUCGAUCUUGAUUUAGAUUAUCUUUUCUUGAACAACAAUCAAUUUGAUCGGAAUAUUCCUGAUAACAUCGGAAACACUCCGGCAUCAUAUCUUACGUUUGCUAAUAAUCGUUUCACCGGUCCAAUUCCGAGAAGCAUCGGAAAUGCUAAAAAUCUUCGUGAGGCACUUUUCUUGAAUAACAAGUUAACUGGUAGUUUGCCGUACGAGAUAGGGUUUCUGAGAAAAACUACAGUUCUUGAUUUCAGCUGUAAUGCCCUGACAGGCCCGAUUCCAUAUUCCUUUGGAUGUUUGGCGAAUCUUGAGUUCUUGAACUUAGCCAGGAACCAAUUUCACGGUCCGGUACCUGAAAUUUUGUGUACACUUCCGAAUCUGCAAAGCUUUUCGUUGGCCGGAAACUAUCUUACUGGUGUCGGAUCCCAAUGCAGAAACUUGAUUCAGAUGAACAUUCUUGAUGUGAAAGAUAACUGCAUUUUAGGGCUUCCCAAUCAGAAACCGCCGCAAGAAUGUAUCGAGUUCUUUUCGACGCGGAGGCAAUAUAGUAACGAGAAAUCGAUGCUUUAUAUACCUUGCCAGAUAAACGGGUAUGUGAAAGGAACACAGAGUGUUUAUCGGAAAUCCGGCAUUGCUGCAGCUCCACCAAUAUCGUACAAUGCUCUCACACCGAAUAAUAAGAUUCGAGUUUGAAAAAGAAAUUAGACCCGUCUAUAUCCAGGGGCGAAAUCAGGGAGUAUUGAUGUUUCUUGAAUUUAAAAUCAAAGUGCCUUGUUAUAGUGAAUCUUACAUUGCUUAGGAAUGAAGAAUCCGCACCCUCUAAAUCGGAAUCCUGAUUCUGCCACUGUCUAUAUCUCGUACAUAUUUGUGUUUCUAUGAAUGAUACUUAUAUAGGCUUAUAGUUUCAUAAUUGUUCAUGAAUAAUUGAAUUUCUCAAUGUAAUUUGUUAUCCAGCAAAUCCAAGUUCAUAACUUAGUAUAAUUUGCCUUUA